CAAACCUUCUCGCGAAAUCGAGUAAGGCAAUAAUAUCCUUAUAAAGAAAAUCCACAAUUUGCUGCAAAAACACACCGGUAAUUAGACACUUCUCAACCCACACAUUUCUCAACUGCAGAGUCUCUGGUACUUUGGUCAGAUGAAAUUUCACUACAAUCCUUUGCAAUCCUUUGCAAUCCUUUGCAAUUUGUCUUGAUUUUGGGUUUUAUUGGUAUUGGUAUUGGUUUCGGAUUGCAAAUCAAAUUUUGUUACAAAUCCUUUUCUUGCCGCAUACUUCCCGAUUGGGCCAUCUCCAUCCUUCAAAUUUUUUUUUUUUUCACUGAAAUUUUUUUUCAAUGGUAAACACUCGUUCAAAAUUCGAUAAUUCACAUAGCUAAAAUGAUCAGAACUGCUGGUCCACCAAAAAAUGCUCGCUCAAAGAGAGCCUUGAAAAAUAAGGAAUCAAAAAUAGUUGAAAAUGUUAAACUGGCUUUAUUUAUUCCUGGUAAAAAUUCUAAUAAGAUCCUCCAUGAUGCAAUGGUGGAUCUAAGUGCUCUCAAAAAGCCAUAUAUGAUAAGAUUCCAGAAGAAGAACAACAUAAGGCCAUUUGAAGAGGAAUCUCAGUUGGAAUUCUUCUCUGAAAAGAAUGAUUCCUCUCUACUUGUCUUCUCAAGUAGCAAUAAGAAAAAACCAAAUAACUUGACCUUUAUUAGAACUUUUAAUUAUAAAAUCUAUGAUAUGAUCGAACUACGAAUCAAGAACAACUUCAAAUUCUUGAUGGAUUUCAAAAAACAAACUUUCCAAAUCGGUUUAAAACCUUUAUUCAUAUUCAAUGGGCCCAUAUUUGAUAUUCAUCCUGUGUAUAAACACAUCAAAUCUUUAUUCUUGGACUUUUUCAAAGGCGAAAUCACUGAGCUACAAGACGUCGCUGGCUUACAACAUAUCAUAGCUAUCUCUGCCAAUGAUCAAGAUGAUUCAGCUUCAGCUCUACCCGACGUCUAUUUCAGAGUUUAUAAACUAAAGACUUUUAGAUCAGAUCAAAAACUAUCAAGAGUUGAAUUGGACGAAAUCGGCCCCAGAUUUGAUUUCACCAUUGGAAGAUAUCGCCAUCCUUCGCCUGAAUUAGAGAAAGAAGCCAUGAGAAAACCAAAACAAAUAGAACCAAAAGUUAAGAAAAAUGUUGAAACAGACCUUAUCGGUGAUAAAAUUGGUACCAUCCAUGUUGGCAAACAGGAUCUUUCUAAUCUUCAAACAAGAAAAAUGAAAGGCUUAAAAAAAAAAUAUGAUCAAGUGGAUGAUGAUUUUGAUGACCAAGAAAUAAUUCCUAAAAAUAAAAAAGUGAAAGCCUAAUUUGGAAACUUGAAUUAAAAAUUUGAAUUAAAAAUUCAGAUUAAAAAUUAUUCCAAAAUUUUCAUUAU